AUGGACUCCCAACUUCUUACACCCGACACUCCGGAGCGGUCUCCGACCUGCCGAGAUGCAUUCCCCUUCAACUCCCCAGAGUCUCCCAAGGACCUUCAGAAGCCUUGGGAAUUCUCUCACGACGGAUACUACCCGAUCACUCCUCCUACAGAGGUUUGUGAGUCGGACGAGGAGCUUGCAACUGUUGCCAGCUCCAUUGACCUCGAGGCGGAACCCCUGGUUGCCGUCAUUGGGGUCGGAUACGUUGGAGAACACCUUGUCGGCAACUUCGCUCGCAAGUACAAUGUUCUCGGUUUCGACGUGUCUGAGGCGCGAGUCCAGAGCCUCGAGAAGGAAUUUGGUCCGGACAGCAAGGCCAAGUUCACCAGCAAGCCCAGCGAUAUGGGCGCGGCCACGCACUUCCUCAUCUCGGUCCCUACCCUCCUUCGCCCAGACAACACCGUAGACACCUCUUUCCUGCGGUCCGCUCUCAAGAAUGUUGCGACGUACGCUCGUGCCGGUUCAGUAGUUGUCGUCGAGUCGUCUGUUGCCGUCGGGAUGACCAGGGAGCUUCUCGGGCCCCUUGCGAAGGAGCGUCACUUCUUCGCCGGCAUGUCUCCCGAGCGUGUUGACCCCGGCCGAGUCGAGCCUCCCGCCCACGCCAUUCCCAAGAUCGUCUCCGGCCUGGAUGACAUGGUUCCCGGCUCUCUGAAUGCGAUUGUCCGUCUGUACUCCCAGGUCUUCGACAAUGUCGUGCCCGUGUCGCGGCCCGAGGUUGCUGAGAUGACAAAACUCUACGAGAACUGCCAACGCAUGAUGUGCAUUGCCUUCGCCAACGAGAUGGCCGAUGCCUGUCUCGGACACGGAGUCGACCCCUACGAAGUGUCCGGUGCGGCGGCGACCAAGCCUUUCGGAUACAUGCCGUUCACGCCCAGCCUUGGUGUCGGUGGUCACUGCAUUCCCGUCAACCCGUACUACCUUCUCUCCAACAACCAGUUCCCUCUUUUGCAGCACGCCACAGAAAGGAUGCGCGCCCGCCCAUCAGCCAUUGCUCAGCGCGCUGUUGAGACUUUGUGUGCAGAGAAGUUGCGCCCGAGCGUCCUCGUCGUCGGCAUGGGCUUCAAGAAGGGCCAGUCUCAUCUGGCAAACUCUCCCGGCCUCGAGCUCGCGAAGAGCCUCGUGUUGUCUGAGAAGGUCGAUGUUUGCUGGGCCGAUCCUCUCGUCAAACAAGAGGCGGUGCCCCAGAUCGCUCGCCUAGACGACGUCGAGGGGUGGAAUGCGAAGUCGCUGGAGCAACGCUUCGACAUGAUCAUCGUUGCCUUCCGGCAAACGGGACUGGACUUCGAGGUGUUGAACCGACUGGAAAGCACCCGGGUUGAGAUGUGGUGCAACUAA